AUAAGUAGCGUGACUUAAAUGCUUCGUAGUAAUGUGUUUCAUGAUGGUAAUAGAUCAAUGAUUUAAGUGAAAUUCGGAAAGGGUGCUUCCAUCAGCAACGUCCCUGGCGCUGCCCCAAGAGAGGACGGACACUAUAAGCUGUUCAGUGUUACUCUUAGGGUGAAGAAGCUGAGGUUAAGAGAGGAUCGGAACCUGAAAUAUUGAAGACUAUCAGGAUCGAAUCGCGCUUAGACUUCCCGACGCCAUGAGGGUCGACUGGAAGAUGUUCCCCAUGAAGCUCCAUUACAUCCUCCGAUACGCAGGGACGGGGCCGCUGAUGCCGUUCCUCCCGGUCAUCGCCCGCCAGAAGGGGGUAUCGGACCAUCUCGUGGGCAUCAUCUGGACUGUGAUGCCCUUCUUCAGUCUCUUGGUGAAGACGUCGGCCGGGGCGCUGGCAGACUACCUGAGGGCCCACCGCGCCGUCUUCCUCACGAGUCUGAUCAUCAUGACGGCAGCGCUGACGGGGAUCUACUGGUCUCCUGCCAUAGACCCUGAGGAACACCCGAUCGCCAACGCCACCUGGGACGCCCCUGGCACCUCGGGGGAUCGUCCUCCUCCGUGGGACGCCGUGAGGGACACCGACGUGGAAGGAACGAGCGUUGGUCUCUGCGGAGGAAAUACGAGCGAGUGUCCGGGCGCUUCGCUGACACGCGUCGAGUUGCCAGCGAGUGAAUUAGCGACGAGAUAUGAAUUCUGGUUCCUGUUCUUCUGGCUCCUGCUGCAGUUCUGUGGCUACGUGGUGGUGCUCGACCUUCAGGAGGCUGUGUGCUUUCAGAUGCUCGGCGACGCUCCUCACAGAUACGGGCAACAGAGGCUGUGGGGAACGAUUAGCUAUGGUCUGGCUGCUGUGGCCGGCGGAGCUUUGGUCGAUUGGUACUCCAAGGACCAAGACGAGAAGGACUACUGGCCGGCGCACGUAAUGGUGGCCUUGUUCCUGGCGUUAGACGUGUUGGUGGUCGCGCGCCUCCGCUUCUCAGUCACCGACAAGAAGAUCUCGAGGGCGGACGUGCACGAGGUCUUCCGCCGGCCUUCGGUGAUGCUUACGGUGCUGACGACGGUGGUCCUCGGAUUGUCCUGCGGGAUGAUAGGAACCUUCCACUUCCUUCUGGUGGAGGACGUGGCGGCUGCGUGGGACCCCGAGUUCUCCCACCUCAAGCUCCUUCAGGGUCUCAUGCUCGGGGUGCAGUGUCUGGUGGCCGAGGUUCCCUGCCUCUUCCUGGCGGGCUGGCUCAUCAAGAAAAUAGGUUACGUCAACGCCUUCCUGCUCUCCCUCUCGACCUUCUGCCUCCGCCUGUGCCUCUACGCCGCCGUCACGAAUCCCUGGUGGUUCCUGCCCAUCGAGCUCCUCCAUGGGGUGUCCUACGCCGUGGCCUUCGCCGGCGUGGCGUCCUACGCGAACAGCGUGACGCCCGAAGGAGCGGAGGCCACCAUGCAAGCUAUCUUCGGCGGCGUGUUCUUCGGCGGCACGGGCGUGGGCGGGCUUGUGGGCGGGUGGCUGUUCCAUAUUGUGGGCGGCUGGAGAGCGUUCUUGUUCGUGGGCGUGGGCAAUGGUGUGUACGCGAUGCUCUACUUGGCCGCCCAUCUCGCGGUGAGGAGGCUGUGGCCCGCCCGCCCGCCGCCGCCUCAGGGAGGAAAGAACUAUGACGAAACGAGGAGCACGGAAGAACCCGCUAGAGAGCAGCAGCUUUUGCUAAACGCAGCGCAAGUGAAGCUCAUUCCCGCUACAAGUUCUUCGGAAUUUAAUAACAGUGACAGACAACAUAGCAGUGAAGACAGUGAAAGAGAAGCAGUGAAUCAACGUAAACUAACGAAUAUCGUAACGUCAGUGUAGGAGAGAGAGAAAGAAUUUUAUGAAGCAAGUUUUGGACGGUAAAUGAGGAUUUAUUUUUAUAGAUACGAACUGCAGGGAUGUAGAUUUUAUUAACUUUAUUUUUUUAUUAUUUUCGUUUCAUGUUUUCAAUUUUACUUGCUAUUUUCCUUCUUUUUUUUUUCCUCCUCUCCCCCUCAAAGAGUGUUUUUAGAAGCGUUUUAUUCAUAGAUCGUUUUUCUAACGGGUUGUGAGGGCGAAAAACAUGUUUACGGCAUGACGCUUUUGUUGACGUUGUAAUCUUCCAUAACAAGUUUGUUUUUGGAAUGUUAGCGAUGUUUUUUAGAUCAUAGACGGCGGUUGAUAUGCUUAAAUGACUUAUAACACACACGCACACGCACACGCACACCCACACCCACUCACGCACACGCACACGCACACGCACACGCACACGCACACGCACACGCACACGCACACGCACACGCACACGC